CGAGCCCUGAGCCUGCUCCUCGCACACCUAUAAAUGCAGCCGGCUCCUCGCUCCACUCACACUCAGGCCCCUGCCUCCUCUCCUCCAGUGACUCCAGCCAUGAGGACCCUCGCCCUCCUCGCUGCCCUUCUCCUGCUGGCCCUCCAGGCCCAGGCUGAGCCUCUCCCAGAAAACCAUGAGGAGGCCCCAGACCAUAGGGACAAUGAGGAGGACCAGGACAUGGCCAUCUCCUUUGCCGGGCCUGAGGCCCCUGGUCUUCAGAGAGAGCAGAUCCGUCAUUUCCAGGACCCCAUCCAUGGGAUCUGCACAAAGGGUAACAAGCUCUACAUAUUCUGCUGCCUCUGA